AACUACCGCGCUAACACAGAGAGAGGAUCGCCCCUUUCAGAUGCUUCUACCCACAGCUGGAGCCUGGAUGCUGUGCAGAUUGUGCGGCAGUUUAUAUAUAAUAUGCAGCAUUUCCCUCUCCACCUCCUCUCCUUCUCUCUGGAUCCGGGCUCUGAUUCGCUGUCCUGCUCCGUAAUGCCAACACUUUGGAGACUGGAGUGACUCCGGGAGUGAUCAUACCGCAUAGUGCCAGAAAUACAAGGAUACAAGUUGGUGAUGAAUGGAGCUGUUUACUUGAGAGCUCCAUACAGGCUGUUUCCAACAUGGGUGUUGACUGACCGGAGCACGGAGGUAUGAAGAUGCACUUGUGAGGAUUAAAUCUGCGCUCAAAAUUUCCCGGACCAUGCAGAUUCUGCCGCCUUGGACGCUGUUUGUGAUAUUAGCCCACGCACAUGUAUUACUAUCCCUGAGAAAUAAUGGAGAAGUUAAGGCGGACAGCAACGCCGGAGCACACUCUGCACGGACUUUCCACGGGUCGCUCCGGGAGAGUCACCACAACAAAGCCUGGGACCGUGCGCACUCGCCGGGGUACGCCACAGGUGCGUCCUCGGAGGCGCAGCGGGCAAUUAUGCGAGGGCCCCUGAACUCCACUCACCCAUGGAAGAGGGUAAUUGCUGGGGAGACAAGGCGACACAACAAACGCGACUUUAUUAGGACUGUGACACCCGUGGAGGAGCCCCACGCUGCCUCACAUUGGGACCCGACGCGCCACCACAAUAGGAGGAUAAAGUUGAAUGGCGGUCUUAGUAGUACGGGGACGCCAGCAGGUGGACACUACAAUGCAGCUAAGCCCUCUUCAAUGGGCCGGGGAGACUGGGGAGGGGGCCCCGAGGAGGCUGACAGGCACAGGAGGGGCACAAUAGAUGAACAUAAGAAAGGCUCCAAGAGGGGGAGAGCCCGGCUGAACAAAAACGUGGGGGCUUUGGCUCAGUCUUGGGAACCCAUCCCCAAACCUCAGGCCCUCACCUCCACCGACCUGCCCUUUGACCUCUUCACGAGGAGGCCCGAGUUCAUCACUUUCAGGGAGGAGAACCCCUGGGACGCCACGCCGAUCACGCCUCCCAGCUCGCAGGACUUUGGGGACGAGAUCAAGAACCCCUUCUACCCGGUGACCAGCGAGACCUACGGCGCCUACGCCAUCACCUGCGUCUCCGGGGUCAUCUUCCUGGUGGGCAUAGCGGGCAACAUUGCCAUCCUGUGCAUCGUGUGCCAGAACUACUACAUGAAGAGCAUCUCCAACUCGCUGCUGGCCAACCUGGCUGUGUGGGAUUUUGUGCUCAUCUUCUUCUGCCUGCCCAUGGUGGUGUUUCAUGAACUCACCAAGUCCUGGCUGCUGGGGGAGUUCACCUGCAAAGUGGUGCCCUAUGUGGAGGUGGCCUCCCUCGGUGUGACCACCUUCACCCUGUGCGCCCUGUGCAUCGACCGCUUCCGCGCGGCCACCAACGUCCAGAUGUACUACGAGAUGAUCGAGAACUGCACCUCCACCACGGCUAAGCUAGCGGUCAUCUGGAUCGGCGCUCUCCUGUUGGCCCUGCCGGAGCUCCUCAUCAGACAACUGGUGACCGAGGACUCAGGAAGCCCGGACGAGCCUCCGGUCGAACGUUGCAUCAUCAGGAUAUCCACCUCGCUCCCCGACAUGCUGUACGUGCUGGGUUUGACCUACGAGGGCGCCCGGCUGUGGUGGUGCUUCGGCUGCUACUUCUGCCUCCCCACCCUCUUCACAAUCGGGUGCUCCUUGGUGACGGCGCGUAAGAUCCGGCGUGCGGAGCAAGCCAGCGUGCGCAGCAACAAGAAGCAGAUCCGUCUGGAGAGCCAGAUGAACUGCACCGUAGUGGCGCUGGCGAUCGUCUACGGAGCGUGCGUGGUGCCCGAGAACAUCUGCAACAUAGUGUCCGCAUACAUGGCGGCCGGUGUUCCCGAGCACACCAUGUCUGUCCUCCAUCUCCUCUCCCAGCUGCUGCUCUUCUGUCGGGCCGCCGUGACGCCGGCGCUGCUGCUUCUCCUCUGUCGUCCCCUGGGCCGGGCCUUCCUGGACUGCUGCUGCUGCUGCUGCUGUAACCACGCGCCCUCCUCGGCCACCGGCAGCGACGAUAACGAACACGAGUGCACCACCGAGCUGGAGCUGUCGCCGUUCAGCACCAUCCGCAGGGAGCUGAGUAACUACACCCCUGCCGGCUCCCACUGCUAAACAGACGUUCCUCAUCAGGGAUGGAGAUCUCACUAGCCUGCUGUUAGCCUUUGGCUAGCAUUUCUCGGACUCGGCGAGAUAUGCCUUAGCUAGUGUAGUCACAUUUUAAAAUUGGUGCAUGAAUAAAGUUGGACACUGAAUAAUCACAUCCAGCCAGUGUCCUACUUCCUUAACUUUCAUUCCUUACAAUAAUCCUCUACAUUCAUGGAAACCUGUAUGGCCCUAAUUUCACAGCAAAGCGUACAAAACGCAUCUUCUUCACUCAGGCCCUGGGGUGCUCUCUAAACAGGGUCAGUACUUAUUUUAAGCAAUCCUGCCUGAACCUGUAAUACUUACAAUUACAACAAAUACUUACUAACAUCCCUUCUGUAUGACCUUGUAUGCCUAAAUAUCUUCACUCAGUUGGGAUUAUCUCAUGCCUGGUUCCUUAAAAGAGGUUCGAUGGGGUUAAUAUCUUUAGAUUCUGAAGCAGAAACUGGUUCCCACAGCCUUAUGCAAUGGGUAGGUUAAGCUAACACUUUUUAUACUGUACACAGGAACAUCAUUGUCCAGUACGCAUCACACUAUGUUAAAUUUAAUAAAAACCACUUGGGAUGAUGAAGUGUAUAUGGGAAACUAAACUGUAUUAUAAAUCCAGUCAUCUUCUUAGUGCAUCAUUGUUGAAAUUCUGGAGACGAAUUAAUCAAGCCUAACCUUGUAUAAUAACUCAAAUUAAAAUGUGGGCAUGCACUGCCUAUAUAGAAAUACAGGAUUCAGUUUACAGACUCUAUAAGCUGCAAAUGUACAGUUCAUGUAAUGCUGCACACAGGGGAACAAGGCUUACGAUAAUUAAACACGCGCAGGGUGUCUCUUCAGUGAUGACAGAGGUGCGCUGAGUGGGUUGGAGAAUCCAAAUGUACACAACGAAACUUAAACUGUAUAUUGAGAAAAUAUCCAGGGGACUCGAACACAACUGGGCUGGCCUCAGAGAUACAUAAACACGGACUUGAGUGGAAUUAAAAGGGUUCGAAUAGAAGAGGGAAAUGGAUUGGAAACUAAUCAAACGGAGGGAAUAUAAAUACAGUGAAAGGUUUGGGAACAUUACACCAUGGAGUAGAACCGAUGGAAGGGACGGACUCAGCACGGACUGGACUGAAAAUAAAUAUCUGCACUACACUGUUGUAUCAUGUUACGCCUUACACGUUGGGCUGUAUAUACUGUACACUUUCUUUGGUGCUCUUAUGAUAAAUGCGCUGUGAACAACAAAUCCUUUCGGUUCGACUCAAGUAAUCGAGCUGCGUAGUGGGAUUUUGGUCAAGAAGACAGAUUACAGUUGUGUGUGGAAUACAAACAACAAAGGAAAAUCAAUAAAGAGUUUCACUGAGAUGCUAGGGAUUGCCUGAAGCCCUUGCCCUGAGUGUUGUUGAACACAUGUGGUCACUUUAUUCUCCAGUAGGCUACGCAAUUACUCAGCGGUUAAUAGGUUUUAAUAAAAGCUUCUUAGGCUACCUUAACUAUCAAUCAUUCACUUGGUAAUUACAGCAAAAGUGCCAAUAACUGCAUUAUUACAUUGUUAAUAUGCCUAAUUUGUAUUGAGUUAUUGGUUAAAUGUGUACCAAUAACCACAGCAAAUCUUAUAGUAAAAAAACAAAUCAGUAUUUUUUUUUCUUAGCUGUCAAACAAAGUGCUACCAUUAUUGUACAAUCAAAACUUAACAAUCACAUAAUGCUAACUUUGUGUCAGGGAAAAGCAACUUUAGUAUCAGUCUUUUAGCAAUAUUUCAUUUAUGUGGCCAUGAAAUGUAUAUUCAAGACCACGUUUACAGGGUUCUCAGUUUUAAAUUGAGUCAGAGCGGCAGGAAAUAACUUUAUUGACCAUCGCACACUGCUAAUGCUAGCUUAGUUAGCUACCUAGCUACUGCUAAUAAAAUCAACAGUGUCUUUAGCCCAUGGACGCCAGAAAUAACAGGCGUCUGUUCUACUUAUAUCUUAAACAAAGGACCCAUUGUGUUAGUAAGAACGUUAACGUGGAAAAGCUGCCUCUUUUGUCUGCAUAUGUGCCAUGCAAGAAUAGUUAGCUUAACUAGCGUAGCAACGAUAAGCUAAGAGGUUUGAGGUUUCAUGGAUGUUUUUCUUGACCUAUAAUCACAUUGGCAGUUUCAUUACUUGGGUUUUUUAAGGAGAACCAAAUGAAAUGUUUUUCACAGCGUAUACAUUUACAAGUGUAUUGUACUGUAAAUCUGUUUUCUUAAUCCUACCAAUCAGACCUGGGUCAAAACAAGGUGUCACCCACCAUCAUGGAGGUAAUUGAAGUGUGUAAAAGGCUGACAGAAAUGAUGCUCAAAAGCCAUUAGUUUGCUUGUUAAUGUACUAAAAGAUAUAUUCCUCAUAGUGUUUAGGACUUACAAUGGCUGCUGGUGGACUCUGUGAUGACCCAGGUGUGAUAUUCAGUGGUAUACUGUAUAUUGCGAUGAAUCUUUUACAUACGAUUCUGCACUGCCAAACACCUUCUCUCUGUCUGUUUUCUCGUGCUCUUGUGGUAGUAGCACACUAUCUCUGGGUGUCUCUCUCAGCGCGGAGGUCAGCUUGCCCUCAGCUCCAUCAAUACAGGAAGGAAGAAUCUUGCUACAAAACAUUAAUCACAAAUGAGAUGACAGUGCCCGGGGGGUGGUGGGGGGUUGGCAUGUUAAAAAUAUACUCAGCGAAGAGGGUGUUUCUCCUGCCAUGGCUGCAGGCAACAACCCCUUUGGCUUUAAUGAACUGCAGUUUACGUGCUCCAAGGGAUCCAGGUAGGAUGUAGCCAAGUUAAUGGAGGAAAUAGGCACUGCAACACAAUACCCUGCAGCCAGUUUGACAACUCUUUUUAUUACCAUCAUUAUCAGGCUAUUGUGGGCCCUUGUGUAAACCUGUCUCAGUUUAUAUGCUCUAGCACCAGCCCAGAUUCUACCGUUAAAUCAGAAAGUUUGUCUGGAUUUCCCCGACCUGUUUGACGCGACAAGUGUCCGCUGACCUCCUGAAACUGAUUCUCUUUUCUCUGCAUUCUUUCUGGGAGUAUAGCUCAUUCUUAAUGGCUCAGUGUGUAGUAACGUGGUUCAAACUAUUGAUGAAGUGAUUCUUGUUAAUCAGUCAGUGGGACGUUUAUUCUGAAUUUUGUGAGUAUCCUCUUCACUCAGAGCAAAAUUGUGUCACACAAAUGUAAGCACACAACCACUAUUGUCUCUAAGUCUAGUCACUGGUUUCUACAUAGCUUUUUAUAUAGCCAAAAACUGUCCCUUUGUUUAUCAAAGAACUUUAUCUUGAAAACUGUAUAU